AUGGCCUCAAGAGUUGGAACCCAUAUAAAGCGACACCGGAGCCGCCGAGAUUGGACGGAAAUUCCCUAUGACAUUACGGCGUCGAUACUGUCACGGCUUGAUGGAGACACUGAGUCCUUGGCUGCGGCUGAGAUGGUGUGCAAGACGUGGCGUGAAAUCUGUAAAGACCCUAAGCUGUGGCGCACCAUCGACUUCCACAGCAACCGUACGAUCUACAUGUUAGGGCCGCCACGGCGGUUCGAUAUAGUGAAGAUGUGCCGCCACGCCAUACACCGUAGUUCCGGUAGCUUUAUCAAUGUCAACGUGGACUAUUUUUGUAAGGAUGAGCUGCUCAAAUAUAUCACUAACAGUUCAGCUGGAUUUAUUAGACACCUCAGUUUGUUCAAUUGUAACACUAUAACAGAUGAGGCGUUGUGCGAAGCAGCUUUGAGACUCCCACUUUUGGAGGAACUUGACCUUUCAAUGUGCAAAGUCUACAGUAAAUCUCUAGAAGUAGUUGGACGUUGCUGCCCGCUUUUGAAAUCAUUCAAAUUUAACAACCGAAUGGCCAAAUAUAACCAUAGGUGGUAUUACGACCGUUUUGACGACAAGGAUGCAAUUGCUAUAUCAGAAACCAUGCAUGGUUUACGUCUCCUUGCGAUGCAGAAUAAUGAACUGAGUUGCAAUGGCUUGGAGAAAAUUCUUGAUUCUUGUCCUCAACUCCAGAUCCUUGAUUUGCGUAAGUGUCAGAAACUGAAGAAGAUGAGCACAGAGUUGGAAAUAAGAUGUGUUGAAAGAAUUAAGAAGUUGUGGCUCCCGAGCGAUCCUUGUAGUGAAUCGGCCGCGGACUUAAACAUGUUGGGAAAACCAUGUAAUUAA